AUGGAAAACAAGCUUGUAGCGUUUGAUAUCAUCAAUGAUAAACAAAAAAUGUUAAAGCUGACCAAAACAACCCUAAAACACAUAAGCAUAGUGUUAUAUUUCGUUUUAUACUGUGCUGUUGUAAUCACAUUUGCGUUUCAGAACCAAUUUAUUUUUAGAGCUCCAGAAGAUUGCAAAUUGAUUGGUAGAGAAACGGCGUUUGCACGGAUACAGACCUCUUCAAAAAACGAUAGCGAGUUGAAAAUAUACGUCAAGAAUAACAACAGCGAGGUUGAUCUGAUCUUUUUUCACGGUCGUACAAUGAGCGUAAAGGUGCUCGACAAGGUCACAGAGGGAUUAACAGGCUAUAAUAUCAUCUACUACUACUGUAGGGGAUACGAAGACGGUACGUUUGUCAGGAACAAGAAAAAUAUUAUGGGUGACGUUGCUGCACUUGCUGAAUUCGUAGGUUCAAGAACAAGAAAAAAAAUGGUAGUUUUUGGUCAGUCAUUUGGUUGCCAUUUCGCACUGUAUUUCACAAAAUUGAUGAAUAAAGACCAUAUCUUGGUCCUUGAAAAUCCCUUUUACUCAUUAAGAUCUGUCAUUAAGCACAAAUUUUCUCUUCCAUUGUAUUUCUUGCUUGCUCAUGAUUACAGGAACGCAGAGCUGUUGGAAAAAGUCACUGGUAAAAUCUUUUUGAUUUUAUCAGAGAAUGACAGAUAUCUACCAAAAAUAGAUAUCGUUAAAAUGAGAAACCUUAUAGAAUCAAAGAAUGCACAAAUUUUUGUCAUUGAGGGAGUGGGCCAUGCCGAUGUGGGCAAAAAAGAAGAAUUUUUCUCAAUUUUGAAUGACAACGUGUACAGCGAGGUGGCAUAGAUACACACAGGUAAUAAUGGCGAUUAAAAUGUGGGUCCAAUAAUGUUUUCGUUAUUUACACGGUUCAGUUCUUUACCUAUCUCAUUUAACCGUCUGAUAUAGGAAAAAAUAGUGCAUAUUGAUGUGUCAAAAUGUUUAGCUGAUAGGUAGCCG